AUGAUCUGUAAAAUAAAGAAAUGUCUUUUUGAUUUGCAUUAUUUUCUUUACUUAACUGAAUCUUAAAUACAAAUAGGGAAAGUAUAAGAAAUCAUUCUUAUCUUUAGGAUUAGAAUAAUAUUAAGUAUAACAUAACAAUAGGUCUAUCCACAAUCUUGGAAUGGAAAUUUGAUUAACAUAAUGAAUUCAAAGGAUUCACAGUUGAAAUUGCUAAGAAAGAGAAAUGUUUUCUGAUUUCACAUUUAGAUUGUCUAUUAUUAAAGGGAAAGCUUGAUGGUAAAGUAAUAUACAAGAAUAUUAAUACGUUUUAUAAACCUUAGACAAUUAUUGGAGAAGGUAAUUUUGGAAAGGUAAGCUUAAUAGACUUAUUGUUAGGUUUUGCUUAUUAAAAAUAUUGAAGAUGGAUUAAUGUAUGCAACGAAGACUCUAAGAAAUGAUUUGAUGACUUCUGUAGAUGUAUUUAAUUUUACAUAAUGAAAAAUAGGACAUACAAGAUGAAAUUGUUGCCUUGUAAGCCUUAAAACAUAGAAAUAUCGUUUAAUUAAAGAGUAUAUUUUAACAUAAGAAGUUUUGGUUAUUAAUAAUGGAAUAUUGUGAAGGAGGUUAAUUAAAAGAAUAUUUGGAAAAUCAAUUAUUGGAUAAUUCUUAAAUUAUAGCAGUAAUGUGUGUAAAACUAUGAUAAUAAUUAAGUAACUACUGUCAGGCUUAACUUACAUACAUAGUUAAGGAUUUGUGCAUAGAGACAUCAAGCCUGAAAACAUUUUAUUAAGAAAGAAAAAUUGUUUAUUAGACAUUGUCAUUUCAGAUUUUGGAUUUGCAGUUAAGAUUGAUGAUGUAUCUAUAAAUAGACCUAAAUGUGGCACACCUGGUUAUAUAGCUCCAGAGAUCAUUACCUUUAAUGACAAAAACAAUUAUAAUGAAUUAUGUGAUAUGUUCAGUUGUGGAGUAGUAUUAUUUAAAUUGUAAUCAAAAUAUCUAAUCUUUAGAAUAACUGGAAAGAAUUUAAUAUAAGAGAAUAGCAAUCAAAGUAUUGACUAAUAAUUCAUAGGAGAUUUAUGUGAAAUUGUUAAGUCACAAAUUUAAGGCGAUUUUGUUAAUAUAUUAUUGUAAAUGUUGGAAUCAGAUCCAAACAAAAGAAUAAAUGCUUAAUAGGCUUUAAAACAUUUUUAAGACUUUGACGAUAUCAAACUCUAUCAAGAGACUUCAAUAUAAUAGUUAAAACAUCUAACAACCCAUUUUUUAUUACUUAAUUGA